AUGGACCCGAACCAUAAUGUCGGUGUCGUUAUAACUUACCAACCAGGCGCGACAAAUACGCUACGCGUAAACACACGCUCCCUCCACAGCCUCUUUGACCAGAUAUCACAACUAUCCCCUGCAUCCCCUGAAUCUGCCACGAACAAUCCCCUGACCCCAGGACCGGAUUGGGACAUUACCUCGCUAUUCAAAACGAGCGUCAGCGAAAAUGACGCUGCGCGUGCUCUCAGCGAAGAGAUUGAGCGCACUUGCAUGCGGGGCGCGCCGGAUAAAAACGGCGCUGCCGAUACAGGCGGCUCGGGGCGUGUUCAUAAACAUACAAUGGUUGAAGAGAGGGAGAUCAUCUCGACGGCUAGUGCGAAGAAACGGACGGGAUAUUUGGAGCAUUUGGUAUUUGAUAUUAAGAAGCUAGUAUGGGCUUGA